UGGAAUCAUUUCACGAGCUGCUUCUUUCCGGUCCGUUCACGAAAGGUCUCGCGAGAAGAGGAUUUCCCGGUUACCCGGGGAAACGAGAGUUUGAUUCAAAGUGAACCCCGGUGAAGUGUGUCCGGCGUCUUCUGUAAGAUUUGACAAUGAGGGUGUUUUAGGUGACUUUUUUCCAAGGAAAAUAAUUCUAUAAGAAAAUGCCUUCUCACCAAGGAUUGCAGCCGGUCCUGAAGAUGAAGGUGGACGAGCUCUUCCUGAAUUGGUUGAGUGAGCCCAACAUCCAAGAGAUGCUAAAAGACUACCUUAGGAAGGUCAAGAAUGGAGACGAGCUUGAGCUUGGAAAGGACAACAUUAAUUUGACUGAAAACAACAAUGUUGAUUCAAACUAUAACAUGGCCGAGCGGACUUCUGCAUCUUUUAGUGCUCCCUGUAGCCCUCCUUCAGCCACCCUGCCAUCUGGGAGUGGCAUCGGUAGCAGAGCAGGACCAAGCAGCAGAGCACCGAGACGCUCCGUCAGCAUUAAAAAGGCUCAGCUUAAGAAAGAGGAGGCCGUUUCACCAGCAUUAAGCGAAACCAUUCCGAAGUUCUAUUUCCCUCGAGGGCAGCCCAAAGCCAAUAUCAACAUUGACAAUCUCAUUUCCAAGAUAGAGAAAAUAUUUUCUCAGUUUCCCAGUGAAAGAGUAACUAUUGAGGAUAUGGGGAAGGUUGCCAAGGCCUGUGAAUGCCCACUCUAUUGGAAGGCUCCAUUGUUCUUCGCUGCUGGGGGAGACAGGAGGGGAUAUGUGUCUGUUCACAAAUUUGUGGCGAUGUGGAGAAAAGUGCUACAGACCUGUCAUGAUGAUGCCUCCAAAUUUCUACACCUUCUGGCCAAGCCUGGCUGCUCUUAUUUGGAGCAAGAGGACUUUAUUCCAUUUCUUCAGGAUGUGGUGGAUUCACUUGCAGGCCUUGCUUUUUUGAAGGAGGCUUCAGACUUUCACUCACGCUACAUUACCACAGUAAUUCAGAGGAUAUUUUAUAGCGUCAACCGAUCAUGGACGGGAAAAAUAACAUGUUCAGAGCUGCGGAGAAGCAGUUUUCUUCAGAAUGUGGCACUACUGGAAGAGGAGGAAGAUGUUAAUCAGCUGACUGAGUACUUUUCCUAUGAGCAUUUCUAUGUCAUCUACUGUAAAUUCUGGGAGCUGGACACUGACCACGAUCUGUAUAUAGACCAGAGGGACAUGGCACGGCACAACGAUCAAGCCAUCUCCCACAGAAUGAUUGAAAGAAUAUUCUCAGGAACUGUAACUAGAGACAGGAAGGUUCAUAAAGAAGGCCGGUUGAGUUAUGCUGACUUUGUGUGGUUUCUAAUCUCUGAGGAAGACAAAAAGUCUGAAACCAGCAUAGAGUACUGGUUCCGGUGUAUGGACCUGGAUGGUGAUGGAAUUCUGUCCAUGUACGAAUUGCAGUACUUCUAUCAGGAGCAGUGUCAGAAACUGGAGACCAUGGCCAUUGAACCACUACCAUUUGAAGACUGCCUCUGCCAAAUGCUUGAUCUGGUCAGGCCUGAGACAACGGGAAAAAUCACACUCCGUGACUUGAAGAGAUGCAAACUAGCUCAUAUAUUCUUUGACACUUUCUUCAAUAUCGAGAAGUAUCUGGAUCAUGAGCAGAGGGAUCCAUUCAUGGUGGCAAAGGAUGCUGAGAGCUUGGGACAGGAGAUUUCAGACUGGGAAAGAUAUGCUGCAGAGGAGUAUGAUAUUUUGGUGGCCGAGGAAGCUGCCAACGAGCAGUACAAUGAUGGCUAUGAGAACCCCCUGAUGCCCAUCGACUGCCUCUCCAGUGAGUUUGACCUGUACAGUGAGAAGAGGCACUUGUUUGAGUUUACUAACCCUCACUGUGACCUGGACUUGGACGAGUACAAAUAUGCAGAUGAUUUUUGAAUGGCAGCCACUCGCAGCACUAUAAACAUCAAAACUAUCCACAGACACAAUUUCCAGCAGAGCACAGCAAAACAGGUCACGCACAACCAACGCCAUCCCCGUAGCCAUUCCCUAUACAACACAUCAACACAGUCACACGCAUGAGCUUACAAGUACAUGUCUGUGUUCUGAUCGGCCAAAGAGUGUGUCCCGGGUACUAGUUAAGAUGCAAUUCAGCAGUAUCCUGGUGAAACACAUGAAGAGGAGGAAGGCUUGUGUUUGCCCAGCACACCAGCAGUAUAGAAUCAGCUGUACAAAGCCUGACAGCUCCUACUGAGCUCUGCGCCUGAUCAGCACUGGAUAAACGCUAGGCCUGUCAGGCUCGUCUAUCUGCACAGGAGCCACACGGCAGGUUAUUGAAGAACACUUGAAAUGCUCAAUGUGCUCCAAGUGUAGAAAAUUUAGCACACAAUUGGCAAAUGUUACAUUCCACAAAUUAACCAGAGUGACUUCAGACUUGAGCUUGUUUUCAUAGAUAGUGUAUUUCUAAUAGCACUGUGUGUAGGUGUGUGAAAUGCCUCGCACUCAGAGCUCCUUCAGGGGGAAAAAAAACUGUUUUUACCAAAUCUGUGCCUGCUGUCAGCCUCUACUUCUACUCUACUGCUGUUUCACAGAUGUGAACAUUGCUUUAAAUUAUAGAAUUAUUUAUAAAUAAUUGUACAUAUUUAUUUGGUGUUUGCUGUGUUUUGUUCAAAGUGUUAAGAUUUUUCUGAAUUUUAAAUUUCAUUUGUUCUUUUUCUAUAAAAGUAUCUUGAACAAUGUACUUUAAGAAUGGAAAAAGUCUUUUUUUUUAUGAGUUUAAUAAAUUACAAUAAAUUCAUUCAUCCUGA